AUGGUCUCUGCAGUCCCCGUCAUCGAAGCCAUGGCUACUGCCCCUUCCAUCAGCUCCAAACUGAAACCGUCCAAAUCCAUCCUCAAAUACCCCUCUUCCUCCUCUACCACGAGCAUCAUCGGCCAGAAGCGCAAGAGGAUCGAUAUCAGCAUGUCAUCAUCCGCCAGCGCAGACAUAUCCGCCUCAUCCGACGCAGAACGCGAUGACGGCAACUGGAAUGCGAAUGGGGAUGGAAACGAUGACGACGAAGACGACGACGGAGCUGCAAGUCCCAUAACACGCCCAUCAUUACCGUUGAAGAAACGGGCCCGUGUCAAGUUCGAAAUGGACCUGCAUAAUACUAGUGACAAUAAUGGGAAUGAUAAUGGCAAUAGUAACGGCAUGAAUGGCGAGAAGAGCACGGCGAUGGUACGCGAGGAGGUCCGAAGGGCUAUCCAGCGCCACCUAAAUGGUGAUAGCGAGUUGUACGAUCGUGUCAAGGAGAUAUUUACGGCGGAUCCGAAGGAGCUGGAGGAGGAUGGGUCGGCUGUGUAUGACGUCCCGUCCCCGAAGGUGUUGAGGAAUUACUUGUUGGGUCUGUUUUCCAAUGUGUCCAGUCUUGAUGGGAGGUGUAGUGGGCUUGUGCAUGCUGUGCUGGCCAGUGAGUGGCUGGGAAGGGAUGAAGGGUAUGUCAGGUUGUUUGUGAGGUUCUUGGGAACGCUGGCGGCAGCGAGGGGGACGUAUUUGAAUUCCGUGUUGAGGAUGCUGGUGAUGGGGCUGAGGCAGGUCGAUCCUCGUACUGGAAAGCUCCCUGGCUUCCCUGUUGUGUGUCCGUCGGAAAUGUACGCCCGAGUUCACAUGGCGACCAGUUAUAUCGUUCAGCUUGUUCCCGCCGGCAGCAGCGCCUUGUCUCCCCUGAUUGCAUCUAGUUUUCCGCAUGACACAGACUCCACAAAGGCGCAUAUUAUUUAUACACGGAACAUCAUUAAGAUCAUAGACUACGCUCCUGAACUCCGCUCGGAAAUCCUUGCUCUGAUUACUGAGAAGCUUGUCAAGCUCGACGUGCAGUUUCAAGUGGAUCUAGAGGAUGCAGACGAGGAUAUAGACGACGACAAUGUCCCGGACAUGUCCUCCCCCGAGGAAAUUGCAUUGUGUGAUGAGGACGGCAUUGAGUCAGAUGCUGAGACCGCCGCCAGUGACGACGACGAUGACGGCAUGGCUGAUUCCGAAACCCAGCGUGCCAAAAAGCGCUCCGAAACCAAGCAAAAGAUCGACUAUAUGAUCGACCUCCUAUUCGAAUACUACUCCUCACCCUUCACAAAUGGCACGUUCGACGAAAAAGAAACAGCCAACGACCUUCUCCUCGCCCACUUCCAAACCAUAAUCCUCCCCACCUACCGCUCCCGCCACACGCAAUUCCUCCUCUUCCACUACUCCCAAUCCUCCCCAAUCUUCAUCGACCGCUUCGCCACCACCUGCGUGCAAAUCAUCUUCUCUAAAUCCCAACCAACAAUCCUCCGCCAAUACGCCGCCGCCUACCUCGCCAGCUUCGUCGCCCGCGGCGCCCGCGUCUCCAGCGAAGUCGUCCGUGACGUCUUCGACCUGCUGGGCACGCACCUCCAAAGCCUCCAGUCCGAAUACGAACCCAACUGCCGCGGCCCGGACCUAAAACGCUACGGACCCUUCUACUCCACCGCCCAAGCCCUCCUCUACAUUUUCUGCUUCCGCUGGCGCGACCUCACCAACGCCGCGUUGGAAAGCGACCUCUCCUUUCCUCCUUCCUCCUCCCCGCCGCACAUUAACAAUUUAGAUCUCGACGACGUCCACUUCCCCCCGCAAAUCAAAAACCUCCUCCGCCGCACCAUCUACUCCAAACUCAACCCCCUGAAGGUCUGCUCCCCCUCCAUCGUCUCCGAAUUCGCCCGGCUCACCCACCACCUCUCCCUCAUGUACAUCUACCCGCUCAUCGAGACGAAUAAGAGGCUCCGCAUCUCUUCAUUCCGCAACCUAACGACGCUGGCGCUGGAGUCGCGGUUUGGGCAGGUGGAGAGGGAGAUCAAAGCGGAUGAUGAUGCGGGGCUGCUGCUUGAUGCGUAUUUUCCGUUUGAUCCGUAUCAUCUGCCGAGGAGCCGGAGGUGGAUUGUUGGGGAUUAUUUGGAGUGGAAGGGGAUUCCGGGGGUGGAUGAGAGGGGGGAGGGGGAGCGGGAAGGGAGUGAGAGGGGGUUUAGUGAGAGCGAGGAGGAAAACGGGUCGGAUGAGGAUUUGGCUUGCGGCUCCUGA